CUAUGUCGGGAAGUGAUUUAUUUGACGUGUUUAGCGCAGACGAUACACCUGCUCCGAAGAAGCCGCGGAAGAGUUUGGACUCCCGUAAAAAAUCAGGUGCUUCGAAAUCCACUGGGACCGACACAGACAGUGGGUUCAAAGAUGUGGAUAACUUACUUCAAGAUGACGAUGGACUUUUUGAUGUACAGAAAGACGAACAGUCCUUUGCAAAGACUAAAAUUUCAAUUGCAGAAGAAGAAAUGGCACUGAUAAAAUUGAUGCCGCAAAUAGAAACGGCGAAGGUAGCCGAUGUAAGAACCGGAUGUGUUCAUGAAAUGUGCACCCCUAAAGGCGUUGCGGCUGAAGAGUUGCAAUCUCUUUCUACGACACCAGCAAAACAGUAUCCAUUCAAACUCGAUCCUUUCCAGGAAGAAGCGAUCCGUUGUAUUGAAAAUAAGAGAUCUGUUCUGGUGUCCGCUCAUACAUCAGCUGGUAAAACAGUGGUAGCUGAGUACGCAGUUGCGACAUCGCUUCGAGAUAAACAGCGUGUUAUUUACACUACGCCUAUCAAAGCGCUUAGUAACCAGAAGUUUAGAGAAAUGACAGAAGAAUUCACUGACGUUGGUUUGAUGACUGGUGAUGUAACCAUUAACCCAUCAGCUGGCUGCUUGAUAAUGACGACCGAAAUUCUGCGAAGUAUGUUGUACCGAGGAUCUGAGGUCAUGCGCGAAGUAGCUUGGGUGGUAUUUGAUGAAAUUCACUACAUGCGAGACAAGGAACGGGGUGUGGUUUGGGAGGAAACUAUUAUUUUGUUGCCUGAUAAUGUGCAUUAUGUUUUCUUGUCGGCGACAAUUCCUAAUGCCCGACAGUUUGCAGAGUGGGUUGCGCAUUUGCAUCAGCAAUCGUGUCACGUGGUGUAUACAGACUAUCGACCAACGCCUUUGCAGCACUACAUUUACCCGGCUGGAGCUGAGGGUUUGCAUUUAGUUGUCAACGAAAAAGGUGAAUUCCGUGAAGAUAAUUUCAAUCUGGCAAUGGAAAGUUUAAAGGGUUCGAGUGAAUCAGGAGGAACUGGAGGAGGAAAGAAGAACAACUCUCAAGUCCAAAGCAACAUUUUCAAAAUAGUGAAAAUGAUUAACGAGCGAAACUUUCAACCUGUGAUAGUGUUCAGUUUCAGUAAGAAAGAAUGCGAGGCAUAUGCACUGCAGCAGCAAAAGCUUGAUUUCAACACAGCAGAAGAAAAACAGCUAGUUGAAGAAGUGUUUAAUAAUGCGAUCGACUGCCUCAGCGAUGAAGAUAAAAAGUUGCCUCAAGUAGAACAAAUGUUACCGGUUCUCAAAAGAGGAAUUGGCAUCCAUCACUCAGGCUUGCUGCCCAUUUUGAAAGAGGCAAUCGAAAUUUUAUUCGGAGAAGGUCUCGUUAAAGCUUUAUUUGCUACAGAAACGUUUGCGAUGGGGUUGAACAUGCCUGCAAGAACCGUCGUUUUUACAAAUGCUAGGAAAUACGACGGAAAGAAUUUCAGGUGGCUAUCUUCGGGAGAGUAUAUCCAGAUGUCUGGAAGAGCCGGACGUCGAGGAAUCGAUGAGCGUGGAAUUGUGAUUCUGAUGGUCGAUGAAAAACUCUCACCUGAAGUUGGGCGUAACUUGAUCAAAGGCCAAGCGGACCCUUUGAACAGUGCUUUCCAUUUGACUUACAAUAUGGUUCUUAAUUUGCUCCGAGUAGAAGAGAUCAACCCGGAAUACAUGUUAGAAAAAUCCUUUUUCCAGUUCCAGCAGUCUUCUUCUGUUCCAACUACCAUCGAAGCAUUCAAAAAGCUUCAAGCUGAGCAUGAGUCUUUAAAAAUUCCAAACGAAGACAAAGCUCUUGUCUAUUACAAAAUCAGACAACAGUUGGAGAAAUUGAGACGCGACUUGCACCAAUAUAUGGUGACUCCUAAGUAUGCUUUGCCUUUCAUGCAGCCAGGAAGGCUUGCGAAAGUCAAGCACGAAGAUGUUGACUAUGGUUGGGGCGCGGUGGUGAAUUUUCAGAAAUCCACGAAAAGUAAAGCCGACGAAGCUCCUAAAUAUGUGGUAGAAGUGUUACUUAAUGUUGAUCCUACCCUUGAAGAGCCGCUUCCAGGAAAACCGAAUAUCCCUGGAAGAUGCGAGCUGCAAGUAGCACCAGUCAUGUUGAACACUCUAGAUCAAAUAAGCGCUAUUAGACUACACCUACCCAAGGAUCUCAGAAGCAAGCAGAGCCGUGAAGGCGUUGAAAAGUCUAUUCAGGAGGUAUGCAAAAGAUUUCCUCAAGGAUUCCCACAGUUGGAUUUGUGUGCCGAUAUGGGUGUGAAAGAUGCAACGGCAAUUGAUGUGAUUAAACGUAUUGAAACAUUGGAACACAGAAUGUUCAAGCACCCAUUACACAAUGACCCACAGUUGUCUAUCCUUUUCGAUCUGUGCGAUAGAUGUAACAAGUUGGAACAGAGAAUGUUAGAGCUUAAAGGCGACCUGAAGUCGGCUAAAAAUAUUAUCCAAAUGGAGGAGCUCAAAUGCCGUAAGAGAGUCUUGAGACGACUCGGAUACGCGAGUGAGAAUGACGUCAUUGAAACGAAAGGAAGAGUGGCAUGCGAAAUAAGUUCAGGAGACGAAUUAGUUCUGACGGAGUUGAUGUUCAACGGAGUAUUCAAUGACCUGACUUCAGAACAAGCGGUAGCUUUGUUAAGCUGUUUUGCUUUUCAGGAGAAAGGAAGUGAAAAUCCCAAUUUAGACGAAGGACUAGCAAAACCGUUCAGAGUUCUACAAGAGACAGCGAGAAGGGUUGCAAAGGUCUCAGCGGACUGCAAAAUUACGAUAGAUGAAGAUGACUACGUGAGUUCAUUCCGACCCAGCUUGAUGGAAAUAUCCCAUGCCUGGGCCAAGGGAUCUCCCUUCAACGAAGUCUGCAAAUUAUCUGAGAUAUUCGAGGGUUCCAUUAUCAGAGGAAUGCGACGUCUGGAGGAACUGAUGAGAGAAAUGACCAAGGCUGCGAAGGCAAUCGGCAAUGCAGAUUUGGAACAGAAGUUCAACAAGGGAAUCGAACAGAUUAAAAGAGAUAUCGUGUUUGCGGCUUCGCUUUAUCUGUGAACGAAAUAUUGGGACUUUUAUCAAGUCUGCAAAAUUGAAGCGAUUCAAGACUUACGUUGGUUGAUGUUGAAUUGUUAUGUUAAGGACUUCGAUUUGUUUGAAAUGUUUCUGAAGAGUUUGAUUUCGAAAUUCAAUAUUUGAAAUCUUUUA